CAAAUGAAUGCUAAAUAGGAAGUUUAGCCCUACUUGGUGAUCACCCUAUAUAAUGUAUGUGAAAUAUCUUUGGACUAGAGUGGACUGGGUUUAUAACAGUCCUUAGCGCAGAAUUUCAUUAGAUGUAUUUUCAUUAAAUGUUGAGCCUAAGUGCCAUUGUAGUUAAUUGAAUAUGCCAAAAUAUGUUUUGCAAAUUGUAGAUACACGAAAUCAAAAUUCAAAUGAAGCUCCGUAAUUUCUUAUCUUUUUUAAUUUUGGUUUUUGUUAUGGGUACAAAAAUACUCUUCAAUUAAUAUGUGCUAAUGAAAUUACACAGAACAACAAUGCACUAUUCAUUAAAUAAAUGACAAUCAGAAAUAUGAAUUUUCAACUUUCAUGCAUGCAAUAUGUUAAGGAUAUUUGGAUAAAACAUCUCAUAACCCUAGAUUAAGUGAAAACAUGUCUGAUUCAUUGUCAAAAUUGGUGAUACAAAAUAAUACUGCUAUAAAAGGGAAGCAUGUCAUUGCUCAUUUUGAAGGUCUCAUGUUAAUAUGAUUUUUCAAGGUCGUGAUUAAUACUUUGAGGAAACUUAUAGAAAAAUGAUAAAUAGAAAUAACACUUUACAGAGCCUCCCUCGCGCCCCUGUACGGCAUUCUUGAUUCAUUGCAAAUCAUCCUCAUUGGUUGAGAGUAAACAAUAACAAACAUCAACAAUGGUUCAUAGAUACUAAUUAGCAAGCCGGAAUCAUCUUUUGAAGCCCUAUGCCAAGUAACUCCAACAGUCAAUGCGAAGAAAUCGGACGAGACACUUGUUAGAGUAGCCAGUAUAUCUUUGAGUAGAUUAAUUACUGAUAACGAUUCUACCUAAAAUGAAGACAUAAAUGAAUUAGACAAAUAGAAGUCCUAAUUCACAAUCAGUGCGGAAUAAUCCAUAUACAGUUGAGCAAAGGAUCUAGUUCAUUCAUGACAAUUAUAUUUUGAAGAUAGAAAGCAAGUAAGUUGGAACAAGAACGGAAAUUGGUUGUGUCAAUAUUGGAUUUGUUUACUCAAUAAUAAUCGCUUAUUUCGAGGAAACAUUCAUACUGUCCUUUGCUCAUCAAGAGGUCGACUCUAACUGAAUUGUGGAUUCGAGGAGAGACAACAACGAGAAGGUGUGACCAACAAGUUCGAACAACACCUAGACUUGUCAAACUAACCUGUAACUUUUCGAAGGUGAACAUGAUAAAAUCAAGGAUUUGUCUAGAAGGAGAUGACUCCUCGAGUCACAACAGCGACGAUCAAGAUGAAGUAUUUUACGAUGAAGCUAUUCUACCAAAAUCAAUAUCGCAGAACAAUCAAAUCCAAUCAGAUGCGAAAAAUGCCUUUGCCAAAAAUGGGAACAAUGCUUUCAAAAAUGCGCUUCAGAAUCUCACAAAUUAUAGCUAUAGCCAAGGAGUAGAGACAAAUGGACAUGUAAAUGAAUAUAAGAUAGAACAGAGUCCAUCCGUGAUUGCUGCGCUGCAAAAUGUCACCAGGGCAAGGAAUGAAGCUCAAAUAAUGGCAGGGCAAUACCCUCGAGAACCCAACAUGGCGAACCUCAUGGCUUCAAAAGGAAACGCAAUGCAGUUGAACGAACACAAUCAGCAAGUCGCAGAGCAAAUUCCGUACGCGGUGAGACAGAACAACGGAAUUACAGGCCCACCGAGAAAUAUCUCCCCACAGCAUCAGCAGGCCACGUAUCCAUACAACGGUAUGCCCGAUCAGAGGAUGAGAUCCACAGGCAUUGGCUCACCCCCAGGGAUUGCGAACGCCUCAUCCACAGGCACGGCGAAGAUUCAUUUGUGCAAUCAAGAGCUUUGGCAAAGGUUUCAUCAACACACCACUGAGAUGAUUAUCACAAAACAGGGACGGCGCAUGUUCCCCGUGUUCCAGCUUAGCGUGUCUGGCUUAGACCCCCAAAAGCACUACAAUGUCUUCGUAGACAUGAUUGUCGCGGAUCCUAAUCACUGGAAAUUCCAAGCCGGCAAAUGGACCCCGUGUGGUCAAGCGGACCAGAUGCACCAUAACGGCCGUGUUUACCUGCAUCCUGACUC